AUUGCUACUCUCAUCCGUUCGGCUGAUUGAACCCGGCCCAAAACAAGCAAAGCCUGGAAUUGGUAUUGGUAGAGAAGCGAAACUCGUGCGGACUGCGGAGAGUGGAGCUGGCAGCUGAAGAGAGGGAGAGAGUGACCGAGUGUCCGGUGUGGUGACCCAAAUGGAGACGGCCACCACGUCGCCGGAGCACCCGCUGCUCCGCCGCUCAUCACCGUCGUCCAAUACCAACGCCGACGCUGAUUCUGUCAACCUGUCUUCGCCUCCUCCCUCCGCGGCGAGGCCAAGCCGUCUCGCGGCACUCAUCGGGCGCGUGGGGUGGCCGCGCGGGCCCUCGAUGAUGGUGCACGAGGCGACGACGCUGCAGCUGCAUCGAAGGCGCGCGGACUGGGCGCACUCCCGCCCCGUCGUCACGCUCGACAUCGCCUGGAACGUCGCCUGCGCCGCCGCUGCGGCCUUGGUGCUCGCGUCCUCCGCCAAGGACAGCCCCGUGAAGCCACUCCGCCUGUGGCUCGUCGGGUACGCCGCCCAGUGCCUGGUGCACGUCGGGAUCGUCUUUACCCGUCUCGAGACGCGGGCGCGGCACGCCUGGGGCCCGGCCUCAGACGUUGAAUCUGCCGGCGCAGGGACGGACAGCUCGGGAACCGACAGCGAAGAUGACGAAACGGCGGAAGGGAGGAGCAGCCAUGCAAGUCGUUGUGAGACGAUAAACAGGUUGAUAUCAUUUCUGUGGUGGAUCAUUGGAUUCUACUGGCUAGUAUCAGGUGGGGAGGUGCUGGAGUAUGGCGCGCCAAGGCUUUAUUGGUUAACCAUUGUGUUUCUGGCCUUUGAUGUGUUUUUCGCUGUGUUUUGUGUUGCUAUGUCCUGUUUCAUUGGGAUUGCACUGUGUUGCUGCUUGCCUUGUGUCGUUGCUAUUCUGUAUGCUCUGGCUGGCAAGGUGGGUGCAUCAGAUGGAGAUAUUAGUGUCCUUCCGAGAUAUAGAUAUUAUGAUCCAAGUGAGGACAGUGAGGAGGAAACCGAUGAAGGUCUGAUGAUCCCUAUCCUUAAUAACAGUGGAAUGUCAACGAGUGAGCGUAUUCUGCUUCGUGAGGAUGCUGAAUGUUGUGUCUGUCUCUCAUCAUACGAAGAUGGAGCUGAGUUAUCUGCUCUCCCUUGCAGACAUCACUUCCACUGGAGUUGUAUUACCACAUGGCUGCGCAUGAACGCGACUUGUCCACUCUGCAAGUAUAACAUUCUCGAAAUCAGUGACAGUGCAUGACCAACUUAUGCUGAAAUAACUUUCGGACACAGCCUUCAUUCAAGUGGCAUUCUCAAAGCAACGCAAUGCCUUUUUCAUUCUGAUCUGGUUCUGUGCUGUUUUAACAGCUGUGUUUUUAAGCGACAGCGAUGUCAGGGUUCUCCUAUUUAGGAUGUGGUGAAUUGGUGAUAACCUGUAAAUGGAUAAAACCUCACUUGCAGUUGCCCUUGCUAAUAUCACUUGUAAAUACCUUUGGAGUUGUUUUCUGUUAGGGCUAGUUUGGAAACCCUAUUUUCCGUUUUCCCAAGGGAAAUUAGUUCAUUUUCCCUUAGAAAAUUGGAAAUCUCAUGGAAAAAUAGUGUUGCCAAACUAGCCCUUAAUGAUAAAUUGGAAUUGGUGAAAUACUCUGUGAUUCUGAUAUGGCUGUAUGUUGUUUUAACAGCUGUGCUUCUAUGUCACAGUGAUGUGUGUUUUGCUGUUUAGAAUGUGGUAGCAACCUGUAAAUGGACGAAACCUAACUUACAGUUGUCCUUGCUAAUAUCGCUUGUAAAUACCUUUGGAGUUGUUUUCUGCGUAUGAUGGAAUUGGAGUAAGUGAAAUACUUAUUUGUGACUUUUG